CGCAUAUAAUGUGACGCUUGCAGCAUUUUUGAAAACAGAAGCUAGAAAUGGCAAAAAAAAGCACACCGUGGUCCGUUGACGAGGUCACGACGUUCCUCCAUCUGAUAGCAGAUGAUAAAAUACAGCGGGAGCUCGACGGCACAACUCGGAACCUAAAAGUUUUCCAGGAGGUCUCUGCACUGUUGUCCGUACGCGGAUACUCAAGGACUUUCCAGCAGUGUAGGGACAAAUUGAAAAAGCUGAAGAGUGAAUAUCGAGCCGUCAAGGACCACAACGGCCGGAGUGGUUCGGAUAGUAGAAGCUGGAAGUGGUUCGACCUCAUGGACGAUAUUUAUGGCCAUAGACCGUCCAGCGUUGGGAGGGAGGGAGGCCUGGACUCUGCAACCGCGUUGCUGGAGUCUCUGCAUGAUGAUGCCAUUGUCUCGAGUGAGGAGGAACAGUCCCGAAUAGUGGGUGAUCCGUCCUCGUCGUCGUCGUCGAAUCCAGAAGGGACCCCAACUCGACCCCAGACACCAGGCCCAACCGAACACCCGACAACUCAACCACCAACGCCGAGUGCCAUCGCGACACCGCAGCGUGUUCUAGGCAAGAGGAAACGAGGAGGAGACGAGCACCUAGCACAGGAGGAACGGCACCAUGUGCGGAGCCUGGCCCAGGUGGAUCGGCACUGGCAGCUGACCAUGGAGGCUACUGCCCGGGCAAGGCAGGAGGAAAUGGCCUUCAGAAGGGAGGAGAACGCUCAAACGCAGGCAUUUAACAUAGCCUUCCUGCGCACUCUUGGCCAGGUUGUGGACAGCCGACGUGGCCCGUCUCUUCAUGAAGAUGACCAACCUCUGUAAUUGCCACAGUAGUGUCUUGUACAUGUUUUACCUUUUUUUUUUUUUUUUUUUUUAAUGCCAUGCCUUUUUAUGCUGCAGCAACAUUUUUAAAUUUUGUACAAUAUCUUGCUUUUUUAUGCUGCAACACAU